AUGUCUACCAGUCCGACUCUUACAGGUUCCAAAGUCGCUGAUGGUGUUCUUCUACUUCUUGUUAUCGCCUACGUCACCUCCUGGCUUAGAUCGUGGUACCAACUCAGCCAUAUCCCGGGGCCUCGAGGCUGGGGAUGGAGCAUUUUCCCGUGGCUGAAGCUUCACACUCGAACCGAUCUUCUCGAUCAGUUCUGUUAUCUGACUGACCAGUACGGACCGCUCGUGCGUGUCGGGCCCAAAACCCUCGUCUGCUCCGACCCAGAUGUUCUGCGACGUCUCUCCGCACCGCGAUCGCCCUAUGUACGUGCAGACUGGUACUAUGCGAUGCGCCUGAACCCAGGUGAAGACAAUAUUUUUUCGACCCUCGACGAGACUCGGCAUGAAGAGCUCCGUCGCAAGAUGGCGGCAGGAUACUCUGGCAAGGAGAACACGUCUCUUGAACAGGAUGUGGACCACUGCCUCCUUGAAUUGAUCCACCUUAUCGACCGGAAGUACAUCAGCGUGGGUGGCACCAUCAAACCUAUGGACUUGGCCCGCAAAGUCGCGUUCCUCACCAGUGAUAUCAUGAGUAAGGUCGCGUUCGAUGCCGAAUUCCACGACCUGCGCGACGAUAGGGACAAUUUCGGCUACAUUGAGGAGCUCGAGGCGCUUUUUCCGAACAUAACUUGGACAGCCACUGUCCCGGGAUUCCUGAAGGUCAUGACGAACCUCGGCCUUUUGCAAAAGCUGGCGGCAGCUGCAGACGGCAACAUGGGCGUGGCCAAGGUCAAGGCAAUUGCUUUUGAGCAGGUAGGCAAACGGUUUGGUCCCGAUGGAAAGCCCAACCAAGACAAACCGGACAUGCUGGGAAGCUUCAUUCGGCAUGGGCUCACGCAGGAGGAGGCGAAGCAGGAGAGUGUUCUCAACUUGACGGCUGGUUCUGAUACCACUGCAACAGCAAUACGAGCAACGCUUUUGUGCAUCAUGACCAAUCCGAGGGUCUAUCGGACACUCAUGGCCGAGAUUGACGAAGCUUUAGCACAAGGAAAGAUUCCUGCCGGGCCAACAGAGGUCAUCACAGAGGCGCAAGGGAAACAGCUACCUUAUCUUCAGGCAUGCAUCAAGGAGGGGCUCCGUUGGUACCCUCCCGUAACUGGUGAGCUCUCCAAGAAGGCCAGUAUCCAGUACUUACCCACUCCUCCUCAAGGUGACACGAUAUGUGGCUACUACGUACCCGGUGGUGUCAAAGUUGGGUCCUCCGUCAAGGCAGUCCACCGCAAUCCCAAGCUCUUCUCACCAGAUCCCAACUCCUUCCGGCCCGAGCGCUGGAUUCUUGCUUCUGAGCCCCACGGUCACGAAUCAUCAGCUGAGAAGCUCAAAGAAAUGGAACGCAAUAACGAUCUCGUGUUCGGCUACGGUAAGUAUCAAUGUCUAGGCAAACCAGUGGCGUUCAUGGAGUUGAACAAAGUAUUCGUGGAACUGCUGAGGAGGUUUGAAUUCGAGGUUAGAGACCCCCUGAACCUGUGGGAUACUAGGUGUUGUGGGACACAUCUGCAGAAGGACAUGUGGGUGGUCGUACGUAAGAGAGCACUAGGCAUCAAGUAG